AGCAAUUAUUUAAAAUUAUUUAUUUUAUUUUUAUAAUUGAAAAGCAAAACAGGAAAUAUAACUUCGAAAAAUUUUGUAUGCACAUAGUACGCUUGCGUACAAAUGAUUUGUCUACGACAAAAAAUUUUAUGACAAGAAUGCAGUCUUUUCCGUAAAUUUUCAAUCUUAAAGAAAUAAUAAUUCAAAUAUAAAUUUUUCGAUUUGAUUUAAAUAAAAUUCUCUUUUUAUCUUAAAUAUAUAGAUAUACUCAAAUAUAUAUAUAUAUAUACUCUAUUAAGAAUUAUUCACUCAAAUUUCUGAUAUAAGGUGUUAUUGAGCAUGUGUAUUCGAAUGUAAUUAAACUAUAUAGUUAUAUAAUAAUAACAUAGUUUUUUAUAAUAAAUAGUGUUUAAUAUAAGAUAUAGGGAUGUCUCGAUCUUGGAUUUCUGAUUUAGUUAGUGUGCUUAAAGGAUCUCAAAAAGUAACAAAUGAAAUUAUAAAAUAUCAGGAAGAAACAAUCAAAUCUAUUAUUUUACAUUGCAGUUUACAAACCUCAGUAAAAAGUUGCUUAAGGGAUGUAGGAGUAAAAGUAAAUAACAUAGAUCCAAGUAAGGUUCCUGAACAAGUGGUAGUUGAGUUGAAAAAUACAUUAAAUCGUUUAAAUGUUGUUGAAAAAGGCAUGACACAGUAUAUAAAAACUAGAACUAAUGAAGCAUUAAACAUCGCUGAUGAUGACUAUAAACCUACAGUACAUAAAACAAAAUUAUAUGUUUAUGAUCCAGCAAAAGAUCCUAAAGAAAUGCCUAUUGAUGAAAAAAAUACAUCAAUAAAAAUUGAUUUAAAAAAGACAGUAUCGGAAGAUAAUUUACAGAAUACUUUUACUGCAAACAAAAAAUAUGCAACUGUCAAAGAAAAAAUAGAAACAAUAACCAAAAUGGAAAAUGUUGUACCAAAAAUUGAACUGUCUAGAAAAGAAAAGGAAAUUUUACAUAAAUUAGAGUUGGAAUAUGAGAAAGCUGAAAAAAAACAGGUUUCAGAAAAUGUACUCUCUUCUCAAAAUGUCAAUGAUAAAACAAAAGUAAAAGAAAAUGAUGUACAUGUUUCAAAAGCUUCAACAAAACCUCAUAUUAAACCAUCUGUAAAACCUAAACAAUCUCUUUCAGCAAAUGCAAAAGAGCGAACAGUCCCUUCUACAAGACUUCAAAGAAUGUUUAAUUUUGGUACUUUGGGUAUUGGUCUUGGAAUUGGAACAAUUGCAGAAUAUACACGUAGAUCAUUAGGUUUAAAAGAACAAAAAAUAAGUGAAACUGUUGAUAAUAUGUUUCUUACUAAAGCUAAUGCAGAAAGAAUUGUCACAACAUUAUGCAAAGUAAGAGGUGCUGCUUUGAAAAUUGGACAAAUAUUGAGUAUCCAAGAUAAUACUGUUAUAAGUCCAGAACUACAACAAGUUUUUGAAAGAGUUAGACAAAGUGCUGAUUUUAUGCCAAAAUGGCAAAUUGAGAAAGUACUUUCUUCUGAAUUGGGUUACGAUUGGCGAAAUAAAUUAGCAAAAUUUGAAGAAAAACCAUUUGCUGCUGCAUCCAUUGGUCAAGUACAUCAUGCUACAUUAUUAACUGGAGAAGAUGUAGCAAUCAAAAUUCAAUACCCUGGUGUAGCUGCAGGUAUCCAAAGUGAUAUUGAAAACUUGAUAGGCAUAAUGAAGGUGUGGAAUAUGUUUCCAGAGGGCAUGUUUAUUGACAAUUUAGUUGAAGUAGCGCAACGUGAACUUGCUUGGGAAGUGGAUUAUCAAAGAGAAGCAGAAUGUACAAAAAAAUAUAAAGAGCUUAUGAGUCCUUACAAUGAUUAUUAUAUACCAAAAGUUAUAGAUGAACUUUCAACGAAUCAGGUAUUUACAACAGAACUAGUGGAUGGUAUACCUGUAGAUAAGUGUGCUGAAAUGGAUUUAGAAACACGAGAAUAUAUUUGCAAAUUAAUCAUGCGUUUGUGUUUGAUGGAAUUAUUUGUAUUUCGAUAUAUGCAAACAGAUCCAAAUUGGUCAAAUUUCUUCUAUAAUCCUGAAACAAAACAGCUUGUAUUGCUGGACUUCGGAGCAUGUCGAAGUUACGAGAAAGCAUUCAUGGAUAAAUACAUAGAAGUUAUAAAUGCAGCUAGUUUAGGAGAUAGAGAAAAAGUUCUGAAUUUAUCCAGAGAUAUGGGUUUUUUGACUGGAUAUGAAACUAAGAUUAUGGAAAAUGCUCAUGUAGAGACAGUAAUGAUAUUAGGACAAAUUUUUCAAAGUGAUCAAGAAUAUUUUGACUUUGGUGGACAAGAUGUUACAAAAAGGAUUCAAGCACUGGUUCCGACUAUAUUAAAUCACCGACUGUGUCCUCCGCCUGAAGAAAUUUAUAGUUUGCAUAGAAAAUUAUCAGGCGUGUUUUUACUAUGUGCAAAACUUAAUGUUAAAAUGAACUGUCGUAAUAUGUUUCGUGAAGUAUAUAAUAAUUAUAAAUUUGGAUAAUAUUAUUGAAACUCAAGAUGAAUGA